UUGUGGCCGCGCCUCUGUGGUGGGUAGACGUGGUUAAGGAAAUACCCGGCACAUGUGGAACUGUUGAUACGUGUGUUCAUAUGGCUAUUUCAAGAUCCGAUUUCUACAGCUGUUCCACUAUGUUGUCGACACUUGACUGUAUCGAGAACAAGACUUCAGCGUUGUGUUUGGGUAGCUCCUACACGGAGUACACGGAGGAAGACAUGAAGAUCCACAAUGAACUGAAUAAGGACUGUAGUCACUGCGUCCAGGGAGCCCCCUGUCCAGAGGUCGCCACUUCAGUGCUGCUCGAGCAUAUUGCUGAACCACUACCGUGUUCCGCGAUGCAGAGCUCACUGUCCAGUAUUCAACACCAUCCUCAUCUGGCGAACGAGUCGAUGAUAGAAGAUUUACAACGCCAUUUUAAAGAGUUCCAACUGCUCUUUACAGCUCUGUGUGGCACGGAAACCGUCUGUGUAAAUGGGAGACUACUCAUCUUGACAACCUGUCUACAGAUCGUUUGGUAUUUGUUUGCUGAACUUCACGAACAUUAAUGUUCCAACAGUCUGUCCCGAAUUUGCCAGCAGUCACCGUCUCAUGCCUUUUGUAUUACAACCGAUAUGCAUUUUUUUCUCAGAUAUUCAACAGGUUGUUCAGUAUUUACUUUGUAUGAAUGUGAAUUUGUAUUUGUAUUUUUAGAAUAAAUGUAUUAAUAAAAAUUAGCACUAAAAUUCCUUGUUUAUUAUUUCAGUUCGUCGUACGUUUGUUCAUAUUAACAUCUUUUACAUUUUAGUACAUUUUAUACCCAUGUUAUAUAUUUUUUCACUAAUACAAAAAGAGGAAGGUCAUAUCUAGACAAUACAUGAUUGAACAUUGCCACGACUUUGCAAAUAGUAUUUUUUUUUUUUUUUUUUUUUUUAUUCAUCAGUUGUCAUCACGCAUAUUCACUCACGUCUGCUAAAUGCAUUCUAUCCAGAACUAGUGGUUAGAGACGGACGUUGUUAUAGUAGUCUUACACCUUUCCUUUCAUUUCAACUUAUGUUCGUGCUGUUAUCCAAUUAAGGUUCAAGAACGCUGUCCUGGGCACACAC